GUUCAGAGAAGAGUCUUGAGCCCGAGUACCCAUCCCCUGGGUGCUGGACCUGCUGGGCGCCAGGAUGAGGGAGGAGAGAUGGGGUGGGUCAGGCAGGAAAGGUCAUGGAGAGAACUGGGAGCCCGAGGGGUUCCUGAAGGCUGGCAGGGUAGGAGCCAUGAUCUGACUGGCAGGUUCCCAGCUCUGCUGCCUACAGUACGCCUGAGGCCAGGAUGGGUGAGGCAGGGGUCAGCUCACACCCCUGGCACGGGUGGGAGUGCGUGGAAAGGAGCUUCCGCCGGAGAGCGCCCAAUCCCGCCUCCAAUCCCCUCCCACGAUGUCCGCGCUGUUUUUGGAACUCGCGGCGCCUCCCUAGAGCUCGUAGUCGGUCUUCAGCACCACAGACAGGACCGCGGCGCCCAGCCGGCCUGCUACUAGACACUCCGCUCUACCGGUCGUUGCUAUGGAAACUGGGCAACAAAGGGAGGCGGCGCCGCGCAGCGAGCGGGGCGGAGAAGGUGAGCUCCCUGGGCAAGGACUGGCACAAGUUCUGCCUCAAGUGUGAGCGCUGCUCCAAGACACUGACACCAGGGGGCCAUGCAGAGCAUGAUGGAAAGCCCUUCUGCCACAAACCCUGCUACGCCACACUGUUUGGACCCAAAGGUGUGAAUAUUGGUGGUGCGGGCUCCUACAUCUAUGAGAAGCCCGUCUCUGAGGGCGCACCAGUCACUGGCCCCAUUGAGGCCCCUGCGGCCCGCGCUGAGGAACGGAAGGCCAGUGGCCCCCCGAGGGGGCCCAGCAGAGCCUCCAGUGUGACCACGUUCACUGGGGAGCCCAACGUGUGUCCUCGCUGCAACAAGAGGGUCUACUUUGCAGAGAAAGUGACGUCCCUGGGCAAGGACUGGCACCGGCCAUGCCUGCGCUGUGAGCGCUGUGCCAAGACUCUGACGCCAGGUGGCCAUGCAGAGCAUGAUGGCCAGCCCUACUGCCACAAGCCCUGUUACGGAAUCCUCUUCGGACCAAAGGGCCCUCUGGGAGCUGCAUGCGGGGACCAUCAAGGAAUCUUGCCCCAGCUGUCUGCACAGCACUGUCCUAGGACACUGGGCUCACUAGAGAGCCUCUUCAAGAUGCUCCCAGACACCCCUCUCUGCCUGGGGCUGUUCCUGUGCUGGUGGGAUCCUAGCUGGAGUUCCCAUAUAGGCAUCUCAGGGCAUCUCAGUGGGUGGGAUCAGUCCAUGCCCCCUACAUCCCCACUGCCCAAGUCCCAGAGCCUCUGUUCCUAGGGCUCAUCCUCCAGGCCCCACCCAACUUCCUUGGCCGGUGACCCUGCAGCAAGCCUGGCGUCUUCCCCAGCCCUGGCUCCUUGAAGGCCCCAUCUUGUUCAGGUUCUUUCCAGAACCUCUGUAGGACUCGGAGUAGUGGCACAAUGCCCUGCUGCCCCUAGGUCCAGCUCACUGGAAGCUGGUUUUAACCUGGUGGACCGAGGAGCAGGAAAUCACCAUGGGCCUCUAGCUUGAGGCUGCUGGUGGGCACAGGCGAAGGUUGGCCAGGGACCAGGGCGGCCAGGUGUGAGUAGCUAUUUCCCAGGGCCUGGAUGGCUCUGCAGUGGGCUUGGGGCCAUGAAUAGGACCUCAGCUGUUGGACGGUGAGGCUGGAAUUUGAGGCCGUUCUGAGGCUUUGGUUCCAGGAAGAGGCUGGGCACUAGGCCCAGGCUCGAGGGAGGGGGAGAGGAAGGGUACCCACUGGCCUGACUAAAGGCCAGGCAGGGUUGCAGCCCUGUUGGGGAAGGAGCUGCUUGGGAGCCCCCACCCUUCCACAUUACCCUCCUUACCUGGCGCCUGGAGAGGAGCCUGAGCUGUCCUGCACUUGGCACUGGGGUACAGGGCCUGAAGGGUAAAGGAGCCCAAUUGUGAGGUAGCGUCCUGCCCUCCCCACCCAGCCAUGGGCCUUGGCCCAGCAGGCCCACCCGGGGCCAGACCCCUGGCCAGCUCGGGGUCCCUGGAGACAAGCUGCUGAAAAUAGGCCUUGGGAACUGUGACUGUCCUGGACUGCUCCUGGGGGGAGGAUGGGUGUUGGGAGGUGGACUUGGGAACUGAGCGGGUUUCCCCUCACCCUUGCACACUUUCCUGUAGCCUGUGUUGGGACCUCAGUGCCAGAGGCUGGUCUGCAACCCGGGGGGGUUCUUCUUACCUGUGCAUACUCUCAGCAGGGCCCUGGGCUAGGUGCUGGGUGAAGGUGGAGUGGAGGACAGGAACCUUGCUCUGCCGUGGGAGGGGCGUCUUUCUAGGUGGGGGUGGUGGGGAUUCCUCAGGGGUCACUGGACCCAGCCCUGCCUUCUCUAGCCAGCCGGUAGGGGGCGCAAGGGUGUGUGCAGACAGGAGGCCAGCAGCCUGGAAAGAACCCUAAGUUCCCCCAGGUCUCCAUGCUCUCAGUGUCUUUAUAAAGGCUGAACAUUUAGGCACAGGCCCUGAGGCAGCCCUCAGGGAGCUCACGGUCUUGUUCUCACUACUCUGCCUUCCUUGUGUGUGUGUGUGUGUGUGUGUGUGUGUGUGUGUGUGUGUAGAGGGGAGAGCUCCGGCACAGGCAGGGGCAGAGAUGGAGUGGUCCAGGGUUACCCCUGGCAGGAGGAGUGGUGGCCUUGCACCUGUGUAGGUACCCUAGAGGUACUGGUUUUGGGGUUGGCUGCUGGGUGGGGGACAGAGCUGGGGCUGCCACUGAUUAGAGCCGCACCAACAGGCAGAAAGGUGGGUGGAGAGCAGAGGAAAAAAGGGCCACUGAGGCCAUGUCAGCCUGUGGCUGGAGUUUGGGAGGGAUCCAGGGAUGGUGUGUGUGUGUGUGCAUUGGUGUGUGUGAGUUAUAUACUUGUCUUCAUGUCUGUGCCUGUCUGCAUGUGUCUGUGUCUCUGUGUAUACCUAUGUAAAUGUGGUUGUAUCUGCGUAUCUGUGUGUGUCUUUGUGUGUGCCUCUGCAAAAACUACUGUACACCAACACACGAGUGGCCCAUGGCCCUUGCCCCCGUUGGCAUCUCUCCCCUGCUCCAUGACCAUGGUAAUGAGAACAACAGCAGGGGUGGCCAGGAAGGACUCAUGAAGGGUUUCGGGGGGCUCCCUAGCAGGGCAGGGCUGCAGUCUGGGUGUGAAAGGAAUCCUCCUUUGCGUGGGGCAGUGGAAGGGGCUGAGGAUUGAAGCAUUGCCCACCUGCCCCAGCAAAUGUCACCUGGGUGAAGCUCUGAGACACCUGUCCUGGAGCCUGGUGGGUGAAGUUGGGCAAAACAUAUGGCCAUGUGUGCUGGGAUCCCAUAUAUGACCCCACAUCCCUGAAGGAGCCAGACAGGAUGCCUGCAGGCUUUAGGACACGUGUGUGUGGCACCCAGGCUCUAGGCUCAGGUGUGCAUAGACCUAAAGUGGAGUCAUGUGCUGGAUGCCCUGGGUUCCUAGAGCAGUGAAACCGUGGGUACCUGGGAACUGUAUGCUGAGGACCUCCUGUCUUCUCCCAUGCAGCUGGGACUCUGCCCAGUGCUCCUCUCCCUGAUGCCUCUGUCCGUUUGUCUGCAUCUCUGUCCUGGCUGUGCCCCUGUCUCCCUAGAGCUGUGCUACUCAAGGGGGUCAGGUGACUGGGAAGUCAGGAUUUGCCUCCUUGUUAUUAGACCUGUGAGAAGACCCCAAGGGAUGGGAGAAGACGUGAAGCAAUGCUGGGCUGGUGGCUUUGAGACCAGGAGCCACCCAGAGGUGCCUGUGCCCAGCAGAGCACGGGGGGGCAACCCACCUCAGACAGAGCUAUGCCCUGAGAGAGGCUGGAGGGGGAGGGCAGAGAAGAGCCCUGGUUACAGGGGUGGGGACUCCCUGGAGUUGUGGCCUUUGCGAGGGACAUGUGAUGCCUUGGUCUAGGGGGGAUCUUGGGAUGGGACCAACCAUGGCUUCCCCUCACUCUGAGCCAGGCCUGGAGGUGACAGUAUGCAGUGGGCUUCAGGAAAAGGGGAAGGGGGAUACUCGGGUGCAGUCAGGGUGGAGCACAGGGGGCUGGGGAGAGUGGUCUGCAUUACUGCAGGAAGGCGCCUGGAUGGCCAAAGUGACAUCUUGGUGUUUUUGUUUUUGUCUUUUUGAGACAAGAUCUCCAUAUGUAGUUCAGGCUG